CUCAGCUUUUUUCACUAGCACCGUCACUGUCGAGUUUACAAUGGAUUCUUCGGGUUCCAAUGUUCUCAACAAAUCCAUGCAGGGACUUUGGUCAAGUCAUAGACGGAGCAAACUCAACCUGAAUGCAUCUUCGGCGGGAAAUUCGCCUUUGCCUACACCUCAGGAAGAGCCGCCAGUGCCUUCAGUAGACGCGGAAGGACAGUCAGCAAUUCAGAACGGUGUUGUGGAGGGUGCUGUGGAACCAAAAUCCCCCCCGCCGGUUGUGAAUGGGAAGCGCAAGGUCAAGUCAUCUCGGUCGACGGAGGAGGGCUCUAAGAGGGUUAAGCUGUCGUCCGGAGCCGCGUUUUCCAGUGCAAAGGAUUAUUCACCGCCUACUGCACGAUUGUCGGACCUUGGAGGCGUCGAAGGUUGCAUCGAGAAAAUGCUUGAGAUGGUAGCCAUGCCGCUCUGUCACCCGGAAGUUUACCUGCAUACAGGCGUGCAACCACCUCGCGGCGUUCUGCUACACGGACCCCCAGGGUGUGGGAAGACUCUUCUAGCGAAUGCAAUGGCUGGUGAACUUGGGGUUCCCUUUAUCAGCAUAUCUGCUCCGUCAAUUGUGUCCGGCAUGUCUGGGGAGUCAGAGAAGACUUUGCGAGAUGCUUUUGAGGAGGCAAAAAGGGUCGCGCCUUGCAUUCUUUUCAUUGAUGAGAUCGAUGCCAUCACUCCAAAACGUGAAAGCGCCCAACGAGAGAUGGAGAGACGAAUUGUGGCGCAGUUUCUAACAUGCAUGGAUGACAUGUCUUGGGAGAAGAACGACAACAAACCAGUGAUUGUGAUGGGUGCAACCAAUAGACCAGACUCGCUUGAUGCGGCUCUACGACGAGCUGGUCGCUUUGACCACGAAAUUAGUAUGGGUGUUCCUGAUGACGAAGCUCGAGAAAGGAUUUUACGUGUCCUAUGCGUCAAACUACGGAUAGAGGGAGACUUCAACUUUUCCGCGCUCGCCAAAGCUACUCCAGGUUAUGUGGGAGCUGAUUUGUCGGCGCUUACUGCUACUGCUGGUAUCAUAGCAGUCAAACGGAUAUUCAAACAACUUUCAGAAGGUUCACUGCAGUUGCCGUCGGAAUUGGAUACGUCUAUGCAAGUUGAUGAUCCCCAAGGUGCCGCCCAGGUGCUAUCAUCUUCAUUGCAGCCGGCUCCGACAAUAAAGGCUCUAACGUCCACCCUUUCAUUUCCCACUUCAUCCGCCCAUUCCAUUGCCCAUUUCCUAAACGCCCACCCAGACCCUCUUACGCCCAUACAGCUCGCUCCCCUUUGCAUUACCUCGGACGACUUCACCGUCGCCCUAACUCAGGUUCAGCCCUCUUCUAAACGAGAAGGUUUUGCCACUGUACCAGAUGUCUCGUGGUCGGACAUUGGUGCCUUGCAUCGUACCCGGGAUGAGCUACAUAUGGCUAUCGUUCAGCCUAUCAAGCGACCGGAACUGUUUAGUGCUGUUGGUAUAGAGGCAGCAUGUGGGGUAUUACUCUGGGGUCCACCAGGAUGUGGGAAAACAUUGUUGGCGAAGGCUGUCGCGAAUGAAUCUCGAGCAAACUUUAUCAGCGUCAAGGGUCCUGAACUCUUAAACAAGUAUGUCGGUGAAAGCGAGAGAGCAAUUCGUCAAGUCUUCUCCCGAGCCCGGGCUUCGUCUCCUUGUGUCAUCUUCUUUGAUGAGCUCGAUGCACUCGUUCCUCGGCGUGAUGACAGCCUUUCGGAAUCAUCAGCUCGUGUCGUGAAUACGCUCUUGACAGAGCUCGAUGGAUUAGAUGCCCGGAAAAGUGUUUAUGUCAUUGCUGCUACCAACCGUCCUGAUAUGAUAGACCCUGCCAUGGUUCGGCCAGGACGGCUUGACAAGCUGCUCUACGUGGACCUCCCCAAUGGCGAUGAGCGUGCCGAGAUCGUUCGUACUAUGACGCGGAAGGUACCUCUUGCUGGUGAAGCAAGUGAGACACCAGACGCUGUCCGAAAUCAAGUGGAGGAUUUUGUUCGCGAGCGCUGCGAUGGAUUUAGCGGCGCCGAUCUGGCCGCUUUGGUUCGUGAGGCGGGGGUCACUGCAUUGCGCCGAACGCUUGGUGUGUUGGAUCAUAUGGACGAUGACACGAGAGGGCCUGGAGAGAGGCCCACGGUUACGGUCCGUAUCGCUGACUUUAUUGCCGCCUUGGAAAAGGUCGGUCCGAGCGUCAGCCCUCAGCAAAAGAAGAGGUACGAGGCGCUGAAAUCUAAAUUAGCGGGCUCGCCCGUGAAGAUGGUGAAAGACGAGGUGAAAGGCGAGGGGGGUGGGCAAACGUGAAUUGCAUUUAUCCAAGCAUGGAUUCAAAUGAUAUUCAUACACUCUGACGGCUCUGACGGUACACCCAACCACGUUUGGUCUCGUAAUGCAGAGAGAAUAU